UCUUCCUCUCUCCCUCCUCCUCUUCCUCCUCCCCCGUUCCCCGAGCCCUCGCAGCCGGCGGGAGGAGCGGGGAUGGAGCCGGGCCAGAGAUGGACUUGCGCAGAAGGACCUUGAAACUCUGUGUGCUCAUCCCCUGUUUUCCCUGCAAACCAGGAUUUCCCAUUCCCAACCCUUGGCUGGAUGGAGGAGGAGGCUGCAAGAAAGAGGAAGAUGCCCCGGGACACUGAGGCAGAGCAGGAGCUGAGCAUGGAGAGCAGGGAGGACAAAUCUCCAGGGCAGCAGAACCUCAUGGAAGAGGCUGUUUUGAGUGACUCCCCGGUGCAGGAAUCCGAUGGGGAGGAAAAGCCCCAGAGAUCCCCCAGGAAGAAGGGCUGCAAACCCAGCCCAGGGUGCUCUGCGGAGGAAAGAGCCAGCCUGAGCCAGGAAGGUGGACAGAGCUUCAGCCAGAGCUCAGAGCUGGUGCUCCAUGAGCAGCUCGAUGAUGGGGAGAAGCCUCACAAGUGCCUGGAGUGUGGGAAGAGCUUCAGCUGGAGGUCCCGCCUGCUCCGCCACCAGAUGAUCCACACUGGGGAGAAGCCCUAUGAGUGUCCUGAAUGUGGAAAGGGCUUCAGAGACAGCCCCCAGCUCACCAUCCACCAUCGCAUCCACACCGGGGAGCGGCCCUACGAGUGUUGGGAGUGUGGCCAGAACUUCCUCCGGAGCUCCCACCUGACCUCCCACCAGAAGAUCCACACAGGGGAGAGGCCCUACGAGUGUUCCGAGUGUGGGAAAUCGUUUCCGACCAGCUCCCUUCUCCUCACCCACCAGCGGAUUCACACUGAGGAAAGGCCCUUCCGCUGCCCCAUCUGCAGGAAGGGCUUCAAGCACAACUCCCACCUCACCAGGCACCGGCGCAUCCACACCGGGGAGAGGCCCUACGAGUGCCCGGAGUGUGGGAAGAGGUUCAGGACCAGCUCAGUCUUGAAUCAACACCAGUGGAGGCACCGCUAAGGGAAGCCCUGCAAGUGCCCCAGCUGUAGGAGGAGCUUCAUGCACUGCUCCAACUCCAUCCCCCAUCAGAGAAUCCUCGCUGCAGAGAGCCCUGGUGACCCACAUUCCCAAUAAUCCAAGUUGGAAAAGCCCUGGUAAUCCACAUUCCCAAUAAUCCAAGUUGGGAAGACGCCUGGCUAGUGGUCUCCACAUCAUCCUGGAUCCCUGUAGUCACCUGACUCAAUGCUGGGGCAGGAACAUCCAUUGGGUCUCAGCUCCGUAUUGGAAACUCCUUGGGAAGAGCUGAUUUUUUACCUUGUCUUGGUUUGAAAGACAGGUGUCUGCUAAGGAAGGCAGGAGCCCUCCUUGGAAUGGAAAAUGUAAACCCCCUCCCUCUGAAUUAUUAGAAUCAUGAAAUUAAGGGCUCUCAGGCAAAGAUAUGGGAAUAGGAAUAACAGUUCUUUAGUGGUGUGUAUAGUAAAGCAAACAAAGAACAACAACUACAGCAUUGACAGAGGCUCUGCUGCACAAACCCACAGGGGUGGGUUGGAUGAUCCAGGUGCCCCAGCAGGACUUGGGGAGCACCAGGCUGGGCUGGCAAGAUGUGUCAGCAGGCAGGGGGUGUGGGGUGUGAAAAACACCUUCAGUCUCCUGUGAAAAAUUUAAAAAUUUCAUAAAGGGCAAUAGGAAACAAGGACCAUAGAGCAAAGGUAAUUCCAGCCAGGUGCAUCUUGGCACUCAGCUGGGGAUGCCCCUUAAAUACCUUUUCCCUUACACCAACCUUUUGUAUAUUUAUAGACCCUUAUACAUAGUAAACAUUUCCCCAAGCUAGUUUACAUGUUCUAAGAACUCCUUAGCGUAUCUCGUCCUUGGAUCUGCCUUUUUAGAGCAUUAGUAUUCCUGGAUUGUGGUUUUAGUUCUUUUUUUAUCAUCAUCUUCAGUUUUGGGCCCAGUCCACAGUGCCUUCAGACAGUGGUUGGCAGAUCUGUACAGAUGUCCUCAUCCUGUGUUCGUUGUGUUAGGAAAAUUAAUCCACAAACAUCAGAGAUUUAUGUCCAGAAAGGAGACAGAGGAGUCCUUUUACUUAUUCAAAUAAAGGGAGAGGCCAUGGGGCAUCCCCCUGGGAUCUCUCAAAAUUUUGGAGGACACAGUCUCCUUUUUAUCCCAGUUUCCCAGCUGUAUUUCCCUUCUGUCUUUCCCCAUUGGCUGAGGUACUUGGGAGGUACAGACCUCAAAACACCUGAUACCAAAGAUUUCCCUCUAAUGUAUAACCCUCCCUUUUAAUUUUUAAUUGUUAUGGAAUUUAGGGGUUUCCCCCAUUGUUUCUUCCAUCUUUCAAUGUCUAAUUUCAUUUAUCAGCAACCCUAAAGUUUGUUUGUAAAAACAAAUAUCUUUUCCCAUUAAUUAGUGGAAUCCUUCCCAUUGUUUCUUUAAUCUCCCAGUGCUAGUUUUAUCUACCAGCAGACCCACAGCUGGUUUGUAAAGACAAAUCUGCUGUUCCUCUCAAUUGGAUGUUAUCCCAACCAAAGCAGGCAUUUUAGCACAAGCAUAAUUAUAUCAGCUAUUUCACUACUAUGUCUAACCUUAAUUAACAACAGAAAUAGAAACUAUAGAGCAAAGUUAUUUUAACACCACAGAUAUAAAAUCCAUUUUUACAUUUGUGAAAAGCCACUAUUAUAAUAUGUAUCUAUAACAGUGGCUGCAGGGCAGGGAGAGCCGAGCUCAGGGUCCCAGGCAGACGGGGAUGGUCCCUCUGUCAGUGAGGCGGGUGUUAAUAAGUGUGAAAAACACCAAUCACUUGUUUUUAAAAUUUUAAAAGUUAAAUAGUAAUAAAAUGGUUAUAAAAAAUACUAAUAUAAUUAGAGUAAUAACAAUUUUGACAAUUUGAAUUAGGACAAUAUGAGACAAUAGAGACAAAGAGUUACAGAUGUCCAGGUACGUUUUCUGGGCAGCGCAAGCCCAAAAAAGGACACCCAUUAACAAAGGAUUAACCAUUAAAAACAAUAGCCUGUUGCAUAUUCAUACACAUCAUACAUGAUGCAUAAAUUCCAUUCAAACACAGGAUUCUGUCUGGCCAUUGUCACCCUCUUCCCCUGAAUCCUAAGGGCGCCUUGGAGGUGGGAAGAAGUUGCUUCUGAUGAGAGGGCAAUAAAUUCUUUUUCUCUGAAA